AUGCCUGCUAAGAAGGCAUUCGACUUGUACACCAAUCCCACCUCCUCUCCUCCUGGGAGCAGGAAGAAAUCAAGCCGGUGCCAGCCUAGGGAAGGCUACAGUGACCCUUCUGCAAAGAAGGCUCGGACGGAGGACCCUCCUGCACCAACUCCUUCAAAAGAGACGACUCCUCCUCCAGGCCCUAUCGACCAGAAUCCUCUAUCUCCCGUCAACCAGACUCCUCCUCCAGCUCCUGCUGACACAACUCCUCCAACUUUUGCUGACCAGACACCUCCUGGUCAGCCAAAAAAAUAUUCCAGGAGAAGCCCUUAUGAACAUGGUCCUCAGCUGAGCCAAAGAUAG